UGCUGACCAAAAUAUUUAACCUGAAUCGUAAUGCUAUGUUUCCCUGUCUUCUUCACUUUCACACCUCCCUUCUGUGACCAAUAUUCACUAUAGGUUAACCGGAUAUCAGGCCAGUCUUAAUUGUCUUUCCGUGACCGUGUUAUUUUAGUUCCCUCAAAGUGCUAUCGUGGAUCUUCCUGAAUCAUUCCUCCCUUGACCCUCCUUUUGAUCUUCGUAUCCUUACAAAUCCGUGCCCACUUCUUCAUAUGCAUUCUACUCGUCCCUACUACUCUUCAAACGUCUAUUCAUCCAAUGUCGUAGAUAUUGGCGACCCUUAUGCCGCAUCCCAGCAGCCCAUGGCCAGCACCUCUAUGGUCACUCUCCAGCAGACCCAGUCGUACUCCAGUGACCAAAAUGCCUACAAAAAGCGAAAGAUCGAGCGAGCCUGCGAUGCCUGUCGCCGUAGAAAGACUAAAUGUGAUGGCCCACGCAUGCCUGGCAAUAUCUGUACCAACUGCGUACAGAAUCGCAAGACCUGUUCUUAUAUCGAAGCUUCGAAACCUAGAGGUCCUCCAAAGGCAUAUAUCACCGGUCUCGAGGACAGGUUGGAAAGAAUGGAGGCACUUUUAAAGCGGCUCCGCCCUGAGGCUGACUUCUCGGAAGACCUUGGUGCACCAGUUGUCCGUGAUUCUUGGAAACAUGAUGCAGAACCACAAUACCGUCGUUCCCCAGAUGAAAAAUCAUCAUCGCCAGUCGCUCAUUUGCGAUCUCGUGGGUCACCUAGCCUACCCCCUGUUGGCAAAUUCUUGCCUUCAUCUAGUGUUAGUGUCAGGAGCCGGCGUUCCGCGGGCACUUCUCGCACUGAUACAGACUUAUCAUCGGACGCAUGCACUUCCUCGGAAAGUGAAGAAGUCGGCGAAUUGAGUCUUUCCCGGGGCAUGAAACGUUUAACCAUUCGUGGGCUCGAGCCUGCCCAGGAACAUGGCUCAUUGGUGGAUAGUCAAGUUCGCUUCCAUGGCAAGAGUAGCUGCUUCAAACUCAUCGAACCAACUCGAAAACUCCGCGAGGAACACAUCAACCGCAUAUUUCAAGAGUCAGGCUCAACUGAUGCCGAGAGUGCGUCGGGUAGUCGUAGCUCACCGGAAUCAACGAGUUCUGUCAUUUUUACACCAACGCGACGACCAGAAUUCUGGACCACGCCUUCAUGGGAAUUUGCUUUCGAAGGUUUCCAAGAUAGGCUCGAGACGCUCCGCCACUCACUAACAAAGGAAUUCCCCCCACCUGACUUGGCUGACAGUUUGAUUAAUUUAUUCUUUCUCCAUAUCAACCCUCAAUGUCCGCUUUUCCAUCGGCCGACAUUUGAGCACCAAUGGCAGCAGGGUCUUCAAGAAAAAGAUCCGUGGUUUGGAUGCCUGUGCUUGGCGCUAUUUGCUGUGGCUAGCCGCUGGUCCGACGAUCCCCGCGUAUUGGAUGGUCAUGCGUAUAACAUACCCGAGGCAGAGAUACCUGAUGAAGAUUGCAAGUGGCAAAGAGCAGGAUGGAAGUACUUCAGCGCAGCAGUUGAUGUUCAUCGCGAUUCUCGCAGCUUGUUUCAUCCCCCUGGCCUGUUUGAGGUACAGACCAUGUCUUUGCUAGGCAUGUUUCUACGCGGUACCGCCUUUCAUCCAGUGGGAUGGCUCUUCAUCAGCAUUGGCCUCCGCAAAGCUCAGGAUGUUGGCGCACACCGCAAGAAGAUUUACGGAGCAAAGCCAAGUGUUGAGGAGGAACUGUGGAAAAGAGCAUUUUGGGUGCUUGUGCUUUACGACCGCAUAGGAAGUGCUGCUCUUGGACGACCAUGUUGUUCUGGGGAGGAAGACUUCGAUGUCGACCUUCCCCUGGAAGUCGAUGAUGAAUACUGGGAAACCAAGGAUCCUGAGAAGGCAUUCCAACAACCACCGGGAAAGCCAUCAAAGAUAGCAGGGUUCAACUCCUAUCUAAAAUUGACUAAAAUCUCCGCAUACGCUUUAAGGACCAUUUAUGCCCUUGACAGGUCCAAAUUAUUGGUUAGUGCCGCGCGCCCGCGGUGGCAUGAAGUUUUGAAUCACCUUAGUGCCGCAAUGAAUGAAUGGGUCGACUCAGUGCCCCCUCAUUUGCAAUGGUCGCCUCACAUGGAAGAUUCAUUCUUCGCUAACCAAUCGGUUACACUGUACACCACCUAUUACCUUAUCCACAUCCUCAUUUACCGCCCCUUCUUACCCGGUUCACUUCGCUCCCUUUCCAAUGCUGCCCCGCACGCAAACAUGCCCGUCCCCUGUAUCGCCAUCUGUGUCAACGCAGGAAAAUCCUGUGCGAAGAUACUGCGGGCACAGAUUCAAAGGGGUAUAUCUAAUAUACCCACGCUCAUUUGCGGGUCGCACAUGUGCGCUGCGAUUCUUCUCAUGAACUUUUGGGAUUUGAAGUGGCAAGAGCGCAAUCAACUCCAGUCUGGUGGAGUGGAGGAUGUGAAGCCGACACUUGCGGUUGCGAUGGCAGAGCUCCUUGAAGAUGUCUCCUUUUUCAUACAAGUGCUUGAACAUCUGAAACCGCGAUGGAGAAAUGCCGAGAUGUAUCUAAAGGACCUUAGUAGUUCAAUGCCACACAGCCUCAACGGCUCUGGAAGCGGUGGUCACAAAGGUAAUCUGUCACUCCAAGGCUAUGGGGGCAAAGACGACGCGCACACACUGUUGCCGCUACCAGAACAUCAUGCCCAUCCUCCGGAUUAUCCCCCUAAUCCCUCAUCAACCUAUCAUCCUGCGCUGCCGCCAGUCACUAGAUACCCAUACGUUCCACUGGCUGAGCCCGUUAACACCAGUCCUCAGUGGUUCGACUUCCCGCACCUCACCAGACAUCCAGUUCCUGCAGUGCUACCCUUGUGGGCGUCUCAUGAGCUAAUGCAAAGCGGGACCACCCCUUGGAACCAACUGCAAACUUGUCCCUCGUCCUUGCAAUCUUCUCAUCCUCACAAAUACGAUCAUCCCGUCAUUCAUCAUUCUCUAGAAGCUCCGAAAGCCUCAAUCACCAGUCUCGACUCUGGAAUAAUGAUACCUGCGAACCUUGUGCACAGAUCUGAUACAAGAUUGCCAUGUGACGACCCCGUGCCAUGUCCGCAGUUUGAACCUGCGAUUUCGUUCAAUAAUUAUACCCAGCAUAGUGGCAAUGGCCAAAUGCGUGAAGCCACCCAUCACACGUACACCACUCAUUCAGAAUCCAGGUCUGUCUUUCGUUUGGUUAAAACUUAGUCUUCUCACGCUGUCCUUUGCCGUAGGUACGAGUGGCCAGCAGCUGAGUGGGAGCAAGCGUAUGAACCUCGAUCAUUGAUUGCCGACCCUUCUCCACCUCGUCCCAGUAACAUACUGCAUCCCAAGGGGAGUGAAUACUCGCAAGGGCACAUCGUCUAUCCCGGGCACUAUUAACAUCAACGGGUAAACAAGGGAUUCGCCGUCUUAUGUAUUUUCCAUGAUCAGUUUCAUGGCGUUUGAUGUCGAGGCCUCAGUCGAUGAUGUACUUAUCUUCUAGUUUACAUACCAUCCAUCUUAGUGUUUGCUGUAGAUCGCGGCUGUUAGAUUUUACGGUGCUUUCUGCAUGCAAUGAAGAGCUCCCUAGUUUAUAGGACUAUACAGCUGUGAUAAAUGAUCUAAAUUUCGGCUCAUUGUGAAUCACACAUG